AUGGAGCCGGACGCCGACGAGGACUACAUGGGCGACCUCUCCCGAUUCCUCCCGCCGAGUCCGUCCUCCUCCACCCCGCCGAAGAACCUCGGGCGCCGGAAGCAGCCACCCACGCAAGCGCAGGCGCAGACGCGGGCGAAGCGCGGGAAGGGUGUGCCGUGGCAGGAGCGGCGGCGGCAGGAGCGCGAGCGGAAGCAGCGGGAGGAGGACGCCCGCACGAUGGCGGGGCUCGCGGAAGCCAUCCCGGAGAGCAACGUAGGGUUCAGGAUGUUGAAGCAGAUGGGGUACGAUCCCGAGUCCCGCGGCGCUGCUGCCGAGCCGGUCGGCAUCGAGAUCCGCCGCUCGCGGGCGGGGCUCGGGGCGGAGGAGCACGCGUUGACUCCGGCGACGGCAGUGGCGCCUGUGGAGAAAUCGCGGGAGGUGGCGGAGCGGGAGCGGAGGCAGCAGGAGGAGAUGGCGGUAGAGCUAAGGGCGCGGAAGAGCACGCAGUGGAAGGGCCGGAGGGUGGUUUGGGACUACCGCAAGGCCGAGAAGGCGCUCGCGCAGCUGGAGAACAGGGAGGUGGAGCCACCCGCACCGGAGGGGGAGAAGGAGAAAGGGGCAGAGGAGGAAGAGGAGGUGAUCACUGAAGAGGAUUUGCAGAACAUUCUGUCUAAGUUGCGUGACCGGUACCAGUAUUGCCUUUAUUGUGGAUGCAAGCAUCUUGCAUACCUUUUAUACUGGAUGCUUUUUCCUUCUUUGUUCAGUAUGAAUCACCAGAAGCGCUGGCAAAGGAAUGCCCCGGCCCUGAUGAGGAUGAUCAUUGAUUUGUUGUGUGAAGGUGACAAAGAAUUGUCUUUGAUACAAACAGUCUGGAAAGAUGGGAGUGGGAUGGAAAGCCACAAGGAGCGUCUACAUAUGAUAUGCUAUGCAGCAAUACUGGAGCGUAGCUACAUCUUCGGAGCCCCUCAUCAAGGCACAAAGGCUCUUCAGAGCCAGAAGAGAAUAGUUGCCAGUGGUGAACAAGCAAACUGUGAUUUUGACCUGUGA